UAAAACAGACUACACGUGCGUUUAUCGUUAGUCCGGUUUUAUUCGAACUUGUGAAAAAACUCAGUGUAAAUAUAAUUAAGGAUCGUGUUUGCAGUGUUGUGACAUUUAAACUCAUGUGGAUUGUUAGUGAUCAUACAUCCGGAUACAAGCUCUGAUGGUUCUUUUUAAUAAUAAUAUGAAAAUACAUGGUCCCUUAGUUCAAAAUUAAGAUGACAAUCGAUAGAGCUGGUAGGCCUCCUGCGCCAAGGAGAAGCUCCACCUACAAAAGCUACGAUGAACUUGGUCACAUCGAUAGAGGCAAACCUCUUAGGCAUCGUCACGGUGGUGUCGAAGAUCUUAGCGGAUUGGAAUCCAGACCACAAAGGUCAUAUGAUACCCAUGAUUUAGACAAUAUAACUCUCCUUAGCUCUGAAGAAAUACAACGACCGAAAAGAAAAACAAUUGAAGGUCUCGCAAGCGGUUUUAGAAGAACUUUCUCUGUUAGAAGUAAAAGGGACGAAUCGGAAGCAAUACCAAUGGAUACAUUUAGUGUAACCGGUGAAAACUUCGCUACCGUAAGAGGAGCGCCGUUUGGAAGACGUAGAUCUCUUUCUAGAGACCGUGAAUCUUCACUCCUGGGUAGAAGCUCGUCUGAAGGAGAUGUGAGAAUGCCGCCUCCUCGAGCUCCACCAGCCAAUCCCACUCCACGUCUGCAUCGAUGUCUACGCGUGCUUGGGGGAAGCUGGAAGAAUCUUUUACUAUUGGGCGGAAUGUCACGCGGGGGCGGCGGCGCCGGCAAGGCGACGACCGCGAAACGCGUCCCUCCCCCCGCGGUGCCAGGGGACGCGUUUGGCACCCCACAACACCGACACUCCGGUUCCAGUUUCGGAUCCCAAGGAUACGCGUCCUGUGAGGAGCAGGCCUAUCCGCAGCCACCUGAUACACCUUCUCAUACUCGAGAUGACCAUUCUGACUAUGGCAGUACAGUGUCAGGCGUGUCUGGAGCGAGUGGAAGCCUCGGGAAAAGUCCAGCUGGUGGAGGCACAUUCACAUUUCCACCACCAUCGCAACCGCUCACACAUAAAGCAGCCGUAUAUUACCAUCACCAGCUGGCCUUAAGUGAUGAUCAGGGCAUCGAUAUGACACAGAGUCCCGGCAGGGACAGUCCCGGCUCCUCAUCAGGCUCGGCUGGGUCCGGUUCCCGUCAUUCAUCAGCGUCCCUGGAUAGUGGCAGAGCGUCGGGAAGAAUGCCGCAUCAUCACCAUGCUUCAUGCCAUUGCGGAGACACCGUUGAUAGAGUUCGAUCUAUGAUCGCACAGGGACUUCCGGAUGCAGACAUAAUUCAUGCAUGGCUGGCCGAUUUACAAAUGGAGGAGUAUGCUCGUCUCUUCAUAGAGGCCGGGUAUGACUUGCCGACAGUCACAAGAAUGACUCCAGAAGACUUGACAGCUGUGGGCAUCAAGAAACCGAACCACCGUAAACGCUUAAAGGCUGAGCUGGCAAAUCUUAACGUACCCGAGAAUUUGCCCGAUUAUAUACCUGGUUCUUUAGAAGAAUGGCUUCGGCUGCUUCGGCUUGAAGAAUACGGCCCAGCUCUCGUAGCGCAAGGAUAUCGCACUGUGCAUGACGUCACACAGCUCGCUUGGGAGGACUUAGAAGAUAUGGGCAUAGUAAGACUUGGCCAUCAAAAGAAAAUACUUUUAGCCAUCAAGAGAGUGAAAGACAUAAGAGCCGGAAAACGGAGCAUAAGUAACCAAGGGUCCCUGGAUUUCACGAGGCUUCAACCUGGACAGGAUUUAUAUCCGAGGGAGAAUUACCAGCAUUGGGAGAGACACGCAAGAAGUUACCAUAAACCCCCCGAUCUAAACUUUGACGCUCUACAAACGUCCCUAUGUGCCACUGACUUGGUCCCCAUCCAGAUACGCCAUCCCCGCGGGAAGUCAUUGGAGAGUUUAGAAGACCCAUCUGAAAGAACAUCCCACACUACAUUCUCCCCUGAAGCCGGGUUUUAUUAUGGAGGUCAAUGGCGACGUUCGUACGACGAUGGAGAUAUAACACCAACAAAUGAUAGUUAUGAAGGGGGAGGCACUUUGCCCCGACCUAGGGGGUUAGUGAGACCUCGGCCAGUCGCUAAGAUACAAGCGACUCCGGCGUAUAGAGAUAAAUCUCCUGAUUACACAUAUGAUGAGAUUGCGUACUCGGCACGACUGCAGCGCGUCGCUUAUGGAGCGAGUCCGCACGUGGCCAGAAAGCCUCCGCCGGAGCCACCGAAGCGUCAGAGCUCACAGUAUGCGCCUUUUACUCGCUUCGGGCAGACAACUGUGGAAAUUCAUCCAGAGAAGAGCUUGCCCUUGAGUUUGCCAGCUUAUCCUAGUUCGGACUCGCUGAGUGUUUCUUUGGACAGUACAGGUCUACUUCCACCCCCACCUGCACCUUCUUCCCCACCCCGGAGAUACGAAGAGGACAAAAUGAGAACGGGUUCCGAUGCUAGUUUUAAGUCAAGUUCGAGCACUGAAUCGGACAGCAUUCCAUUUGCCAACGACAACGCCGGUACGAUUAAACAAAACCGAAGUCAAAUGGCUGGCAGACCACAUACCGUGGACUAUGGAAGAACGGGUAUGGGCUUGGCGACGCUCCCUCCUAGACCUACAGAUAAACAACACAUAGAAAAAGAAGAGAAGAGUACAGAACCCGUUGAUGUCCUCAACGAUAUAGGAAACAUGCUGGCAAACCUUACUGACGAACUUGACGCCAUGCUGGAAGAGGAGAAGCGACAAGGCCUGACUGAUUCCUAAGAUUUGGCCAAGUAUCUCGAAUAAUGUAGAACAAAUUCCAAAGAUACUAUUGGUACUUAUUUUUUGUAGGUAAUGUGAAAAUUGUUUUGGCCCAGUUUAAAUAAUACGUUAUUGGAUUAACUGUUAAAACCUACUUCAAACUAUGAAUGGAUAAUAUAAAAUGAACUGCCUAAUAAAGGGUCUUUGUGUUAAAAUUGUUAGCAUUAUUUAUAUGGACAAUACUGCGUUGUUUGCAAUUAUGCCUUUCAUUCAAAGGAAAAAUGUUAUGAAAUACUUGACAUGAACUGUUGACAUGCAAUAUUUUACUAUUGUAACCAUAUCAAAACUUCCAAGGACUUAAAAAUGUGAAGUGUAGAUAUAAUCUUUGUUAAUGCAAUUUCUUGACAUACACCUUAAAUGUCAUAUUGGAUAAAUUUCAUCCUCUGUGAAAAUUGUUCCUUCUUUAUAUUAUGGCAAUAGUUUUAUCAUUAUGCAAAUAGUUUACUUAAUAGUAACUAGUAAGCUACUAUUAGUAGCACACAUCUGUGUCAUAUGGCUAGACACAAAGUCACUUUUCGGCAGUCAUGACCCGCUAACGAAUUUGUAUAAAAACGGUCUCGUGACAAAGCAAAUGUCAUUCUGAUAUAAAUUCGUUUAGUUAGUGGGUCACGCUUAUAAAAAUGUGACGUUGUGAGACAACCUUCAAUCAGCCCCAUAUUGUUUUAUUUAUCAUAAUUCUUUUAAAUACUAAGUUAUCAAAUUUAUCCAAUACGGCUUUCAAUUUAAUUUAUGUAAUUAUGUAUGUAGUUCCUUACUUAAGCAAUAUCUGUUAAAUUGCGUUGACACACGUAUCUAGAUGAAGCAGAAAUGGCUAUUUUUGUAAAUAAUUUUACUUAAAGUAUGUCAUAGAUAAAUAUAAUAUCCAGUAGUUAGUUUUCCAUGUACAAUAAAAUUGUAGAAUUAAUAAUAAUGUAGGUGAUUAGUUAGAAUUUAUACAAAAUGGUAGCUUUAGAUAUAGUGUGAAAAGUAGUGUUUCUACAGUGAAUGUAUAAUGAUCCUUCUUAUAGUUUAGAUAUCAUAGACAUAUGUUACAUUCAUAAUAUAAUUUAUUAGUAAUAUCUUUCCGAUUCCAAUAAAUCUACUCUGUACAAUACAUACUAGAAUGCACCAUACUUUUGCUUAAUAACCAUACUUUCAUAUUUUUUACAUGCAAAACAGAAAAUCUAAAUGAUCUCCUAUGGUAUGAAACGUGAUAUUAAGUGGCCAUAACUAUACCCAAUAAAGUUAUAAACCCAUGACCAUUCCUUAUACAAUCAGUUUAAACAUUGAAUUAAUAGUAUAUAACCGCUAAAGAUAAGAAUUAAGCUAAAGAAAUAACCAAUUGUAAUUUUAUAUGCAUAGACACACCGGAAAGAUAAUUAUUAUCUAUGGUAAUUACACAAUGAAGCAAUAAGGUCACAGACAACAUAAAAGUAAUGAAAAAAAAUAUAAUUUAUUUGCUUCAAUGUCUUAUUGCCAUAACUUUUAGCAA